AUGCUGGAGUGGGCCCUGUCCUGGACUUCUGUGGCCCACUUCACAUACACCGUGGCGCGCGACGCGGUGAUCCCGACCAGGUGCGAGAGCGUUUGGCCGUCUCUCCCGGCGGCAGCGGACGUUUGUGAGCGGGUGCUCGAGAUCUCGAGGGAGGCGGGUUCCAUUACCAUCGCCGCGUGCUGUCCCAUCGUCGGGGUCACGGACGGGGACGUCUACGAGGAGGAGUGCAAUGGGGUGGAGGUCCAGCCGCUCGCGAGGAACGGAGUCUUCACGGGGCCUCAGCGCGCCAACGCCUGGAUCGUCACGAUGCGGGGGCAGCCCCGCGGGAUCGCUGAGAUCUUUGGGGUCGCCGAGGUGCAUGGUGUCCCUGGUGCUGCAGGCUCGUACUGGCGCGUAGCUGACCCGCCGUCAGACUCGUUCGACAGACUCGCCACGGCGGCGGAGCUUACAUACUCAACGCAGGAUCGCGACGACGGGGUGAAGGUGGCGAGGUCCCCGUUGCUGAACGGGGUGACGGAGCUCGAGGAUCUCGUGAAGAAGGGCUCCGACGAGGACGAGUGGCUUGCUCGGAAGUGUCCUGGCCUUGCUGGCGGUGCCUCUGGAGACCUUCGGCUUCUUGGUCAUUUCCAGAACUCGGCCAAGAAGAGGGCUCCCACGCUGCAGAGGGCCAUGGAGAUCGCGACGCCGAAGGCCUCUGCGGACUGGCCGCGUCCAGGGCCCAAGGCGACGCGGGUGUUCCUCGCGUCUGUCUUCGAGAAUGGCGGCGAGUUGCAGGUGUGGCUCAACGCGUUCAUGAGGAAGUCCGGGGGCCUCUGCGGGAUCGCCCAUGACCAAGUGGACCCUGCCAAUCUCGACUUCGCCGAGCAGGCGGUGCGGGGGGUCCACGAAAUUCAGGAGACCAUCGGAAGGAACCCGAAGCACCUCGUCUUCAGUGGCCCAGACAUCGGCACGAUCGGCUCGAGCAACGAGAUCCGCGGCGCCCGCCGGCGUGGCUGCACUCAGCGGCUCAGCGGGGAUCAGCAGGAGAAGGCCAAGGCGACGGAGGCGCGGCGGAAGCGGCGCGGGGGGCAGGCGGCAGAACGUCGCCGCACCGCCGACCGCGAUCCUCUACCGAAGGCCAAUGGUGAAGCGAUGGCCUUUCCCGCCGGCUGGCAGGCGGGGCAUGGGCGACGCCUCGCAGGCGGCGCGCAGCCUGAAUGCCCUGGCUGUGUCGAUGCCGUCUUCGAUCCGCGCCGUGGGCGCUUGGUUUGGGACUUCGCCCGCGUCGACGCCAUGUCCGCUGCGGCGGGCCGCUCGCGCGACUUCGCGGCCAGCUUCGGGCCGUUCGCACAAGGCACGGCGGCGCCGACGCCCGCCGUCGACUGGCCGCCGCUCGAAGAGGCGGCUUUCUCGCCAGAUCCCGGGAAGCACCUCGCCCGCUGGCCGCCCGGGAUCGAUGCCUGGGACGAGGGGCACCCCGCAUUCAGGACUCGGCUGAUUGUCGACACCUUGGCGCCCGACUGUCAUCGCCGACCGCCUCCCAUGGCCAAGCGCGGGGGGGCGGGGGCCCCGGCGCAGCUCAACGGCUGGCAAGACCAGGGCGGGCUGGCCGCCCUCGGCCAGGGGCGCGGACCACUCGCGGGGGUGCCCGCGCUGUCCGCCCAGGUCGGCGACGUCGAGGGCGCGUGCUGCGAUUUCUCUGUCGAGUCGAUGGCGGAGUGGUUCGGCCUCGAUGCCGGCUUCGCGCUGCACGAGGAGGGCGGCGACGAGAUGCUAGUCGAGAGCGCGGGCAUCGCGAUGGACAGGCGGAGGCGCGGCAUCCGUCGCAAGGGUGGGCGAGCUGGGCUGCCGCACCUCGGAAAGCAUUUGUCGUUCCUCAAGUUGCGCUGGGUGACGGGCGUCGCGGUGCGCGUCGUGCUCGGGCGUUGCAUUCUCUACCUGGCACUCCUAGGGGCCAGCGAUGCGGGCCUCAGGGCGGCCGCGCCGUUUGAUUUCCAGGAGGGGCCGGAUUUCGACCCCGCGAAGCGCAGGUCUCAGGGCGCGGUGGCCAAGUGGAUCCAGACGGGUCGGAUAUGGCAUCUACAUAUCUGGGGCCACCUGUACACCCUGGCCCCCGGCAAGCGGGCCUUCGAGAAGACGCUCGGGCCGGCGCCCAGCGCCCGGACUCCGAACCGGCGGGCCUACGCCGAGGGCAUUGAUAGGUCAUCGCUUUCGCUAGCCGCGGCGGGCUUGCCCAUGGCGCGCGAGGCCCUCGAGCGCCGCGUGGAGCAGUUGCAUCUGGGCGGGCAGCCGCGGUCUGCAGCGCGCCCCGCCAUGCGCGGCCACGCCUGGCGCCGCCCUGAGAUACUUCGCAAGGACUGGAGGUUCUAUGUCAGAAGCCGCGCGGCGCUGGCUGAGAGGCGGGACCUCGAGCCGGGCGGGGCGCGCGACCUUUGCCACCGGGAGCUGGCCUGCUAG